UUGAGUCUCCAUGAGUCGCACCACUUCACUGACGCCUGGAUUUUUGCGUUUAUGAAUCGCAUCCAACAGUUCGUUUCAUAAAGCUUGAUUUCUUUUUAGGUUGGAGCGAAAAUGGCUCAAACCGUGGUGCUUUUUUCAUUAUGGCUAUUCGGCAGAUCUCUCGCUGGAUUUCCCAAUCAGAUAAAUAUUGGUGGGCUUUUCAUGCGUUCCACUGUUCAAGAACACAGCGCUUUCAGAUUCGCUGUCCAGCUCUACAACACCAAUCAGAACAUGACUGAGAAACCCUUCCAUCUCAAUUACAACGUAGAUAACCUGGAGUCCUCCAACAGUUUCUCUGUCACCCAUGCAUUUUGUUCGCAGUUCUCCCGAGGGGUGUAUGCCAUCUUCGGCUUCUACGAUAAGAAGUCCAUGAACACCCUGACCUCGUUCUGUGGGGCUCUUCACACCUCCUUUGUCACACCCAGUUACCCCAUCGACUCGGACGUGCAGUUUGUCAUUCAGAUGCGGCCGCCGUUGAAGGGUGCUGUCCUCAGUCUCCUAUCUCACUACAAGUGGGACAAGUUUGUCUACCUCUAUGACACAGACAGAGGAUUCUCCAUCCUUCAAGCCAUUAUGGAAGCAGCAGUGGCAAACAACUGGCAGGUAACGGCACGGUCGGUGGGCAGCAUAACAGACCCCCAAGAGUUCCGGCGCAUCAUUGAGGAAAUGGACAGGAGGCAGGAGAAGCGCUACCUCAUCGACUGUGAAGUGGACAGAAUCAAUGUCAUCUUAGAGCAGGUGGUGGCACUGGGGAAGAACAGCCGGGGAUACCAUUAUAUUAUAGCCAAUCUGGGCUUCACCAACAUCAGUCUGGAUAAGGUGUUUCUCGGUGGUGCAAAUAUUAGUGGCUUUCAGAUAAUCAAUCCUGAAAACCCCAUCGUGCAACAGUUUCUCCAGAGAUGGGACCGUCUGGAUGAAAGAGAGUUUCCAGAAGCCAGGAACACACCUCUGAAGUAUACCUCGGCACUGUCGUAUGAUGCCAUCCUGGUUAUUGCGGAGGCUUUCCGUUACCUGCGACGCCAGCGAGUUGACGUGUCCAGAAGGGGUAGUGCCGGAGAUUGCCUAGCUAACCCUGCAGUUCCUUGGAGUCAAGGCAUUGACAUUGAAAGAGCUCUCAAAAUGGUCCAGGUGCAAGGGAUGACUGGAAAUAUCCAGUUUGACAGCUUUGGACGCAGAACAAACUUCACUAUUGAUGUUUAUGAAAUGAAAACAGUGGGGCCGAGAAAAAUCGGAUACUGGAACGAAUUUGAGCGCUUUGUAAAUAUAAUGGAUCUACAAUUCAGCAACGAUUCGUCAUCAGUGGAAAACCGAACAAUUGUGGUCACUACUAUUAUGGAAGCACCAUAUGUGAUGUUCAAGAAAAACCACAUGCAUCUUGAUGGCAAUGAAAAGUAUGAAGGCUACUGUGUCGAUUUAGCUUCUGAGAUUGCCAAACAUGUCGGGAUCAAAUAUAGACUGUCCAUAGUCAUGGACGGAAAAUAUGGUGCCCGUGACCCUGAAACCAAGACAUGGAACGGGAUGGUCGGUGAACUAGUCUAUGGGAGAGCAGAUAUUGCUGUUGCACCGCUAACAAUCACACUUGUGCGAGAGGAAGUGAUUGACUUUUCCAAGCCCUUCAUGAGUCUGGGUAUCUCCAUUAUGAUCAAGAAACCUCAGAAGUCCAAGCCAGGUGUGUUCUCCUUCCUGGAUCCUCUGGCUUAUGAGAUCUGGAUGUGCAUUGUGUUCGCCUACAUCGGCGUUAGUGUGGUGCUGUUUCUCGUGAGCCGAUUCAGCCCCUACGAGUGGCACCUGGAUGAGAAUGAUGAAGCCAAAGAUCCCCAGACCCCUCCGGACCCGCCUAAUGACUUUGGGAUUUUUAACAGCCUGUGGUUCUCUCUCGGGGCCUUCAUGCAGCAGGGCUGUGAUAUCUCGCCAAGGUCCUUAUCGGGCAGAAUAGUAGGAGGUGUCUGGUGGUUCUUCACCCUUAUCAUCAUCUCGUCCUACACGGCUAACCUUGCUGCUUUCCUCACUGUCGAGAGGAUGGUCUCUCCCAUCGAGAGCGCAGAAGAUCUCGCCAAACAAACUGAGAUCGCAUACGGAACACUGGACUCGGGAUCCACCAAAGAGUUCUUUAGGCGUUCAAAAAUAGCGGUGUAUGAAAAAAUGUGGUCGUACAUGAAAUCGGCAGAGCCCUCCGUCUUUGCCAAGACCACACCAGAUGGGGUUGCACGGGUACGAAAGUCAAAGGGCAAAUUCGCCUUUCUUCUCGAGUCCACCAUGAACGAGUACAUAGAGCAGCGGAAACCCUGCGACACCAUGAAAGUGGGCGGCAAUCUGGACUCUAAGGGCUAUGGUGUGGCGACCCCCAAAGGCUCAGCAUUAAGAACUCCUGUAAACCUUGCAGUAUUGAAACUCAGUGAACAAGGCAUCUUAGCCAAGCUGAAAAACAAAUGGUGGUACGAUAAGGGUGAAUGUGGAACCAAGGACUCUGGAAGUAAGGACAAGACAAGUGCACUGAGCCUGAGCAAUGUUGCUGGUGUCUUCUAUAUUCUGGUUGGUGGAUUAGGGCUUGCUAUGAUGGUGGCGUUGAUAGAGUUCUGUUACAAGUCUCGCGCAGAAGCCAAAAGGCUGAAACUUGAAAAGAACGCCCAAAACUAUAAGCCAGCCCCGCCAGCUAACACUCAGAACUUUGCCACGUACCGAGAGGGCUACAAUGUGUAUGGCACAGAAAGCGUAAAGAUCUAAUGAUUCAGAGCCCUGCAGCGUUGCCGUGUGAUGAUUAUGAUGAGAGACCUUGAGACGGCUGGAUCUUUCAGAGGGGUCGCGCGCCCCUCUCGCCCACUCUCCAUACACACAUGAACCCCAGCCUCUCCUGCCCACACGGACGCAGCACGCUAAUCAAAGACGACAAAGACCAGCGUGGACUGUCGGAAGAAUUGGAUACGUUUUCUUCAGUGCCUUAUGGAAUAUUCAGAGAAUCACACUGAUGCAAACUCAUUGUAGAAACAUUGCAUCGCUCGAAUCACACAAACGAACGGAAUGCCAUCGUCAUUAUCUGUGAACUAAACUCCGAACACACCUAUCUCCAUGAAAACUGAGAAAUAAAGCCAUCACUUGUGAUCUUAGCACAUUGAAAGAGUUUUGUGGAGCCUGGAUGGCAAGCAAAUGGGGGACAUGCUUGUAAUCCAUCAACUGUAAAUUUGCUUUCACAAUCAUUAAAUCAAUGUAUUAAUUUA